ACUGUGUGAGCUGGAGAGGGAGAGACUGUGUGAGCUGGAGAGGGAGAGACUGUGUGAGCUGGAGAGACAGAAAGAGUUUAAAAGGGAGAGGCAGCGACAGUUCGACUUAGAGAGACAGAAGAAGUUGGAGAGACAGAGAGUUGAAGAGUUGGAGGAAAUAAAAGAAAUGGAGAGAAGGCAACUGUUUAGGUUUGAAAAGCAGAAGCAGGCUGAGAGAGAGAGACAACAGCUUCUGGAGCUUGAAAAGCAGAUACUGAGAGAGAAUAUGGAGAGAGAGGAGCAGGAGAAGAUGAGACAACAAGCAAUACAACAGGAGGUAGACCAGGAGAGACAGAGGGAGUCGGAGCGGGAGAGACAGAGGGAGUCGGAGCGGGAGAGACAGAGGGAGUCGGAGCGGGAGAGACAGAGUGUAGAAGAAUUGGAGAUAAUAAAGAAGCUGGAGAGAAGACAACUGUUUGAGAAACAGAAUGAGAGAGAGAGACAACAGCUUCAAAAGCAGAGACUGAGGGAGAAGAUGGAGAAAGAGGAGCAGGAAAAUAUGAGACAGGUAGCUAGACAACAGGAGGCAGAGAGACAGAGAAUCCUGGAGAGACAGAGGAGAGAGAACCAGGAGAGGGGGGUGCUGGACUCCUUACCUCUCAGACCUAAAGUGCUGGAUCUAGACUCUGUGUCUCUGGGUGUCCUGCACUCCAGAGGCAGUCCCCACUCCCCUGGUGCCCGAUGGAAGCAUCCAUCUCCCCGGGGAGAGGACCACUACAGGCCUGGCAUCCUGGACAUAGACUCAUUCAGGUCCCAGACCCAGACGCAGCCCUCGCCCACUAGAGAGGUGUUCCCUAUCGCUGGCAUCAAGGGCUCAGACCCAGGUAGUGGGGUGAGAUCCCACACUCCAGAGAGGGACGUUAGCCGUAGGGCUGGUGCAGUGGGGCGACCCAGCCCAGUGUGGGCCCCCUCUCAGCAGGAGCUGUGGGAGCAAAGGCUAGGAUUCAAUGAGGAAUCGGUGGACAGGCCCAUGGCUGGACCAGAACCACCCAGGAAGCCUGCCAAUAAACCCAGCCUGGAGCAGCUCCUCCAUAGGCAGUUGGACAGGGCCACGGCCCCCAUUCUGGUCCCAGAGAGACGCUGGUCUGGUAUGCCCAGUGAAGCAUCCUUCCCCAGGAGAGAGCCCUACAGCCCUGGGUCCCCCAUGGAGCAGACCUGGUUCCCCCAGGACUCAGAGCCCCAGGGGCACAGGGUAGAGGCCAGAGGACAGAGGAGAUCUCAGGGCUACCAGGAGCUGAACCGAAUGAGGUCCCGCAGUGUGUCCCGUCGAUCGGCCCCGUCUGAGAGUGCUGUGGAGGGGAGCCUGUCCAGGAUGAGGAGCAGGAGUGCACAUAGAGAGAGGGACCGACAGAGCUGGGAGCAGUUGAAGCAGAGUGUGGAUGGUGAGGAAGAGGGGCGAGACAUAGACACACUGGUCCAUGAGACAGACAGCCAGUAUGGGACCUGGGAGACAGGACUGCGCACUGACGAUAGCCUGACUCCUGCCACGCCCACCUCAGACAGCAACCUCAGCCAGUCGCCUAGGAAACCCAUUCCGCCCCACACACCAGGGGAACAUGCCCCACACAGCGACCUGGACACUCCAGAUGGCUUCUCCCCCUCGGUCCAGCCCGAGAUGCAAAUACUCCCCUUCCCUGAGGCCUCCACCAUCCUGCUGGACUCCAGUGCUCUGCGCUCCAGGGUGCAGCUGAGUAAGAUGCGGGGGCCACGUUCGCGCCCCUCCAGGGUGGCUCGUCAGACUGCUGCUAUGUCUGUACACCUUGAGGGACAGACCGCACCCACUGAGGACUGGCGCUCCCGAGACUCAACAGAGGACAACAUUGAGUUUUCCAAGCAGGAGGACUCAGACUCUGAGGAGCAGGAGAGAGGAGUAGACCCCCGCUCUGCUGCUGCCUCCUCCCAGCCCCAGAGAGUCGCCCUCUUUCCUGGGAUGGACCCCUCCGCUCUCAAGGCCCAGCUCAAGAAGAGAGGAGACUCUGACAAUCAGACAGACGGAGCCGCCCCAUCUCCCUCCCAGCUGUCCCGUUCUCCUAAAUCCCCCUUCCUGCCCCAGGCGUCCCGUGUGCUGCCCCCCUCUGGAGGGAAAGAAAAUGGGGAGGAGGCCUCACCACAGUGGCUGAGAGAACUGAAGUCUAAGAAGCGCUCGAGUCAGUAUGAAAAUGACAGCUAAGUGUGAAUGAGCAGGUUGCCUUAACUGAAUAAUCUGGUGGAGAAUUGGAGACAGAAGCCUUAACCUUUGACCCUGAGAAGAUGGAAACUCUGCUGCUGACAUUGUAAUUUGUCAUCUGUUUGUUCAUUUUAUCUGUUCUCUUCCUGCCCGGGUCACAUACAUGUGCAUGGUGCCUUUUUGCAGACAACCUCGGUCUUAUGGAUGAAACGACCCAGGUUAAAUAUCUGGCUGCUCGGCUCCAUUUGUCCAUUUCCUUUGCAUAGAGCCACUUUACCCUCUCACCUGACGGGAGAAUACAAAAAGGGGGGAAACCCUUUCUCUCCUGUCAGGUUGCAUUUCAGGACUUGUUAAACUUGUGGGACCACACGCCUCUUAACCUGGAAGUGCUUCAAUAAGCUGGAGGACAGUCUAGUACCUCCACAAGAUAUAAAUGUUUUUCUUUUUUUAAAUGUAUUUUUCAGGUUUGUCUACGCGUUACAUUUCUAUGUGUAUCUAUCAGUCAGGGGGUGUUGGUAAUAGUCAACAUAGGAUAACAUUUCUGAUUUUAUUUUUUGUCAUUGAUCAUAAAGAACAAAACACUGCUGAACUAAUGUUCAGCCAGGCUGUAUAUUAUGUGUUAGUAAUAAAUAUGGUAUCUAAUCAUGAAAUAUUAUAUUUGUAUUGUUGCUAAUUUGACAGAUGAAUCAUAACAUGUCCGAGUGUUUAGUUUUGUACGGAGAUCAUUGCAAGUAUCACUACAGCAGAGGCUCCCAAGCCCAUUCCUCUGAUGAACUGACUGGGGAUCUGUUGUGUUGACCUUCUAACUGAUGGGUGAAAUGCUGUGGGUUCAGUCUCUUUUCAAUCGUCAUGUCUGAAUAUCUGUUUCUACUGGUGUUUGUAUUUCUUAAGGAUCCCCAUUAGCUGCUGCCAAGGCAGUUAUAUACAAUUAAAAAAUAACACUUUUCGCAACACAUUGUGUUCC